GACACGUGAAAAGUACUUGGCAAAACCUUUCAUCUCAAGCCCUUGAAUUAAAACGAAAAUGAGAAAGAAAGGCAAGGGAACAAAAGUUAAAGAAAAUAUUAUACAGAGGAAGGAAAAGGAUGCCGAUCAAGAAGCAGAAUCAAUCUUGUUUAUUGAUGAAAACUCGGAAGAAGUUCAAGUUCGAACGGGCGAGGGAAGCCCUCGGUCAGUUAGAGAAAAUGUCACCGAAACCGAGUUUAAGGACAAUAGCGAUCGUGUUAUUGCUGUUGUAGACAAGAACCCGGAGAAGUCUUCAAGUUACGAGAGUGUUGCUCAAGAUGAUGAUGCUCCCGAGGAUGUUUCUUGGAAAGCUACCAAAGAGAGUGCGCUUCGCGAACGGACAUUGGAAAGAGAGAUCAUUCUUGAUGCUAAACGAAAAGAAAAACAGAUGAGAAUAGAGAGAAAUGAAAAGCUAUGUGAGCAAAAGGAACGAAAGCGAGCGAGAGAAUACUCUAGAUUACCAAUGGAGAUUCUGCACAAGGUUGCCCGGCAACAUGAGUCAGAGGAAACCCUUUUAUCACAGACAAUGGAACAUCGAAGUCAUGUGACCUUUGACAAUUCAAGUGAAGAUGAGCAGGACGAGAGUGGGGAACAAAAGGAAGAACAUGGAACAGUACAGGAGGAAACAGCAAAAAUCAAAGUGCUUGUUUUGCCGAGGGAGACAAAGAAACCCAAAAAAAUCCAGCAAUCUGCAAAUUCGUUUUUACAAGAGCAUUUGUUUGGUGACAGAAUUCAGCGCAUCUCAGCUUCCGGAAGGUCUGAUCUGAUGAAGAAAUCUCACAACACCCUGGUUCCAGCACGAAAUUUUUCCAAGAAAUCUUGGUAAUGUUGUAAAUAGAUCACAGGGAAUGUUAUUGGUGUGAAAAAUCUGAGCAUUUCAUGGAGAACUUUUCCUUCACUGAGGCUCCUAAACCUGUUGAUAAUUUUUUUUUUGUGAGCAUAUGAGACAUAUGAUAUCAUUUUGAUUUGCUGAUUGAGGAAUUAGUUGGAUUUAAUUUAUCGGGUGGUAAAGGUAAUAAACUUGCUGUAACUAACUCUGAAAAGCUUCUGAAUCAAGUGUUAGACCUUCUGGCUCAUCUUUGCAAUUCUUGGACAGACCAAGCCAAAAAUUUCUUUAAAGGCUGAUAAUCUCAAUCACGCAUGGUCCAGUUUUGAAAUUCAUUUAGUAUGUUAUGAGGGGGGAGGAAUGAUGAGAUUUUAAGAGGUGCAUUAAAUCCUAUCCCCUUUUAGUCUAAAGAAUCAAUAAUUGUUAUUUUUCUACCACUGUAUUUCUUAAAUAUAACUUUAUUGGUUAAACCAGCCUUAAUACUUUAUUUAAGGCCCUUUUUGACAAUAUUAUUAAUAUCAAUAAAUUAAUUUUAUUUUUUAUGAUUAAACUUAUACUUUGUUCACAUUUUAUCUAGAUAAUCUGUCAAUUCUGUAUAGAUACAGGUGGAACAUUCAUUAGAAAACAGAGAUAGAUUAUGUGACAAGUACAUUAAUCAAAUUUGCUAACUUUUAUUUGCACAACCACUGCAAUGAAAGUUCAUCCCAUCAACACAAGGCUUAGAGUUUGCACUCAAGAACUCAUUGCUAAUAAUAAUGUGGAAUGUAAAUUUGUUUUAAUAAGGCUAUCUCUGAUCUGUUUUAAAAAUUCUUCCGAAAAGUGCAGUCUGGCAUGAGGAAGCUCAAAUAGAUUUUUCAACAACUUAAGGAUUGCAACAAAGUAGAGAUCUAUAAUGGAUGAUGACUAUGCUCCAGAAAAGGAUGGAUAUUCUUGGAGCAAGCUAAGCUAUCAGAAUGCUAAAUC